GAUCGCGUAUAUAUACAUAUAUAUACAUAUAUACUUCUUGGAAUCAUGAAUAUUAUAUCCCUCUAUCUGUCUGUCCAUUUAUUAUACAACAACCACUUCUCUUCUUCUUCCUCCUCUUCUCUUAAAUAAAAUUGCUUCACAUUACAUUAAUGUAUCAUGAUUACAUGAAUGAAUCUCAAUCAUCUAUGAUUAAAUGAAACAAAGCACAAAACCUCCCCAUCCAUAACAUAAACACACACAAAAAAUGGCCCCUUUACCUCUACCCCCAAGACACGCCCAAGCUUCAAACCUCUCUUCUUCAUCUCCACUGCGUCAUUUCAGCCUCAAUCUGGUCUUAGCAAAAGAUUCCAUUCUGAUAAAUAGUUAUCAACCGCCACCACGUAAAGCAAGACUAAGACGACUACCGUUGAAUUUAGUGCGUUUACCUAUUUUAGAGGAAUUGGAUGGGAUGAGUACACUUUUGGUCUCAAAGGCUAGAAAGCCCAAAUUCGAUUUAGUCCUUAAAUUAAUAGAUCUCAACAACGUCCCUCUAACUAGUGGAACCGUAUACAUAAAAUGGCACAUCUCUUCCUCUGUUGCCUCCGAACAUGCAGGACAAACUCCUCGCUCUCCCAUUAAAGAACAUAAAGUUCAAUGGGAUUACACUCGAUCCAUCCCCGUCCGUCUCACAAUCGAUAAAUCCAACUAUCUUUCCGAAUGUCUUAUCCAUUUCGAAGUUAUUCAAGAUUAUAAUUCCGGGGCUACCUCGAAGGGAGAACGGGUCACUCUAGGACAUAUUACGUUGAAUUUGGCGGAAUAUGUGGAAGAGAGCGAAGUGGAAGGAGAAGAGGGAGUGGUGAGGAGAUAUUUAAUGCAGGAUAGUAAGAUCAAUAGUACGGCAAAGAUUGGGAUCAGUAUGAGACAAGUAGAAGGGGAGAGAAAUUUCGUAGCGCCAACAUUAAAGAGUGCACCCGUUUUUGGAGGGAUCGCGGGAAUUAUGAAGGGCGAGACGGGAGAUAAUGGUGAUGAUAUUGGUAAUAUGCCACAACUUCAAAAAUCCUCCGAUAAAUCCGAUCUGCACGACAUGUAUCGACGCGCCCUCGCAGCCUCUUGGACGUGUUCCCCUGGCGAAAUGCCCGCAGAUGAAUGCGUCGAAGAUAUAUUCGCCGGAGGAGAUGGCUGGAAACGCGAUCCGGGUUCCCAUUCAACUUCCCAUUUCGAUAACGACUACCAUCGAGACCUACGAGACACGCCUCGGAUUGUCCAUGAUGAUAGGGAGUUAAGCGCGAGUGGAGGAAGCGGAGAAGAUUUGAGAAGGCAUAGGAGGAGUCCUAGUGAUGCGAGUCAGAAGAGCAAUCUAACUACAGCAUCUUCUAUUCCAGGCGGAGGUGGAAAAAUGGGAAGAGUUGAUGGGAGAGGGCAUCGAUAUAAAAGAAGUAACGACACGACACGCAGUGGUGUUUCAUCAAGUGGAGGCAGGAGCGUGAGUGCGCAAUCGGGACUUUCGAGUAUGGGGGAUAGAGAUGAUGAUAUUUCGAUUAUGGGGACUGGAGAGAGGGGAAGACAGGGGAGAGGUCUGGGCCAUAUCCCGGGAAAUCAUCAUGGGUAUGUGAGACCGAGGGAAGUGGAUGAAUUUGAUAUGAGAGAGGAUUUGGUGGCGUGGAAGUUACCUGGGGAGGUUUCUUAGAUGGUCACGGAGCGGAAAGGGGACUUGUGUAUAGAUAGACGGUAGAUUGGACUGGGUGUAUAUUGGAUGGCGAAAAAGAAUAGGCCGGCUUCCGUUUGGGCUUGCGUAUAUAUGGAGUUUAUGGUAUUUCUAGCUGGGGCAUGGCUAAGGAAGAUCGGAGAAGCAUAACAUGCAUGGAUGGGUGGAUGGAUGGAGGAACCACGGAAAAAUAAAUUGGCUGGUUUUUAUCA